AUGAAAAUUAUUUUAACUAUAGCAAUAUUUUAUAUUUGCUUAUGUCACAGUUUUAUAGAAAAUAAAAAAGUUGCUGUUUCCGUUUUUUCCUACCUUAUACAUAAUAAAAAAAACAUAAAGUGUUUCCCUCGUAAACCAAGGAAACAAAUAUAUGCCAAAAAAAAUAUUAUUAAAUAUGAUGAAGUUGUAACACAAAAAGACAUUUCAAAUAUAAACACACUUGUGUUGGCUUUAUUAGAAUACAAAAAAUUACAUAACAAUUUAUUAGUUCCAGCGAAAUAUGUCUUAAAAUCUGAGGAUAAUGAAAAUUUAAAAAAUUUUAAACUUUGGGAAAAGCUGCAAAAUGUUAAAAAUGAAACAAAUGACAAAAAGAAAAAAUACAUUUACCUCGUUUUAAAAAAUAUAGAUUUUCCAUUAAGCACGAUAUUUAGUGAAGAAGAAAUUAACAAAUUUGAAGAAGAUGCCGCAGAGGUUACCACAAUGUCUAAAUUGUCAACUGAUGAAAAUCUACACUAUGAUUUUGAUGAGAGACGAGAAGUUUGGAAAGAAUUGUUUUCUCCAUAUAUCAAAAAGGAAAAGGAUAUAAAAAGUGAAAACAUUAAGGACUUUUUAUCAUCAUAUAAAUUUAUACCGAAAAUAAGUGAACAGGGUACACUGCCAGAAUAUUCCAAUAAAAGUACAAGAAAAAAAGGAAUUUUAAAAUAUAUAUUACAAAAAUUGAAAAAAAAUGAUUUAUUUUGCUCUAAAUAUAAUUAUUAUUAUGACAAUAUUUAUAAUAAUACAAACGAUGAAGAAAUAAAUGAAUAUUUUAAAUAUGUUAUGAAAUUUAAAAAGACAUAUGAAAGUUACGAUAUAUUUGUCAAUGCAAACAAAGAAUUUUUAACGGAAAACCGAAAAGAAAAAAAGUUUUUUCUAUAUACUCGAAAGGAAACGGAAGGAGCUCAUUCAUAUGAUUUUGAUAAAUGGUCGUUUUCCGAUUUUGUGGAAGCUUUAAUAUUCUUUAAUGAUUUGUAUCUCGAUUUAAAUAAGGAAAAUUACGAAAAAUAUAAAAGCGAUCCAGAAAAUGAGAAACUUGAUAUUAUCGAUUUCAACAAAAUUAGUCCCGGUUUUGUCGUCCCGAAUGAUUUUGUGUGGCCAAGCGAGUGGCAUGACAUGCCAUUGGGCAAGUACAUAAUGCAACUGAGAAUGGGCGACAUCGAUGGGAAGUUUCAUUUCAUAAGAAGAGCGAUUUUGGACUAUUUAUUGUUUGAUUUUCAAUCAGAAGAAUAUAAAAAUAAAUAUAUCGAUUUUACUUGGAGAAAACUUUAUUUCGGGCUAGCAUGGUUUAUCCACACACGGGGACAUCCAAUAGUUAUUACUCCCUUUGAAAAAAUUCAAUUCCAAACAUUUUCAAUGGACUUUUGCAAACCUGAAGAAAUCCAAGGUUUGUAUUUGGGAUUUCUGAUUGUUCAGGCGCAAGCGCAUGGAAAAAUGUUUUGGAAUAAUUAUAGAGAUAGAUUUGACUUCAUGAAGGGCCUUGAAAUAAAUAUUAGAAGUGCAGAUGAAUUAAUUUUUUAA